AUGAAAACAGAAGAGGUCAAAUAUGUCUAUCAGUCCGAGGGGCCACUGCUGAUGCCCAAGACGAAAAACGGAGCCGUUUACCAGGAGACGACCGUCAGCAAUCGCGCCAAAGAUGUGAAAAAUCAACAAGCUCAUUGCUGCUGGCCGAGCCACCUGUUUUCCCGUUUGAGACUCGUUCUCUCCUGUUUGGCCAUUAUGGCUUGCCUCGUUGUUAUCGCGGUGUUGAUGACCAACGGAAUCAAGGCAUCAAACAGCCGAGAACAGGCACAAGAAGCGGAAAUUACCAUUUUGAAGGACCUAGUCGAGAAUCAGCAGAGCAGAUUACAUCGGAUGCAAAAGGAACUCCAGUUUUUAGUUACCCGCCAAAAGGCUUACGAGGCCAAAGAGGAUAGCUUCCGCCGAAGAAUCGGAACGAUCGGAACUGGAACCGGAGCUAAUGUUUGGCCGACUCUAGACGAAGACCUGAGCCAAGAUUCCAGGAUCCAAGCGGCCGACUCUGAAUUGCCUUUACUUCCACGUCUCAGCGGCCAACCGCAGCAAUCGGAAGUGACACCGAGCCAAGAAGAUGACGUUGACGUCGACAAGUUACCGCGGGCGUCAGCCAAUAAGAAACGCAAGGGCAAAAUGCCGUUGGAUGACCAACAGAUUUUGUGAAAAGGAAAUUCUCUCAAAUCUUAAAAACCAAAAUCUUUUGAAACAAAAUUUACUUACACAAAGAGCCACCAUCUAUCGAUUGGAUAAUAAUCCGAAUUAACCAACAUUUUUUUAUAAAACCAAAUUUCCUUUUUUAAUAGCCACAGUGUUCUACGCCCUUAAUUAAUAACUUUUGUAUGAUUUAAUUCUAAUAGUAUACUUGUUAUACGAGAUACCAAAGCAAACAAAAAAGCUUUUUCUUUCUCUUUGUCUCUCCAGACAUUCAUCUGAAACUUUCUUCUCCCGGCAGACAAUAGAUCGUAUUACACAACCGCGAUGUA